AUGCAGGUUGGAAGGGUUUUGAGGGACUUUGGCGAGUACGAGCAGGCACUCGAGUACUACGGCAAGGCGUUAAAGAUCCAAUCGGCGACACUGGGUGAGGCGCACCCAGACACGGCCACCACUUUUAACAACAUGGCCCUUGUCUACGACAACCAGGGCCAGUGCGAGCAGGCACUCGAGUACUACGGCAAGGCGUUGAAGAUCAGGUUGGCGACGGUUGGCGAGGUGCACCCGGGCACGGCCAGUACGUACAACAACAUGGCCCUUGUCUACGAUAACCAGGGCCAGUACGAGCAGGCGCUCAAGUACUACGGCAAGGCGUUGCAGAUCCGAUUGACGACGCUGGGGAGACACACCCGGACACGGCCAGUACGUACAACAACAUGGCCUGUCUACGACAACCAGGGCCAGUACGAGCAGGCGCUCGAGUACUACGGCAAGGCGUUGCAGAUCUUUUUGGCGACGCUGGGCGAGGCGCACCCGGUCACGGCCACUACCUACAACAACAUGGCCCUUGUCUACGACAACCAGGGCCAGCACGAGCAGGCGCUCGAGUACUACGGUAAGGCGUUGAGUAUCCAAUUGGCGGCGCUGGGUGAGGCGCACCCAGACACGGCCACCACCUACAACAACAUGGCCGGUGUCUACUCCAAGCGGGGCCAGUACGAGCAGGCGCUCGAGUACUAUGGCAAGGCGUUGACCACCCAAUUGGCGACGCUGGGCGAGGCACACCCGGGCACGGCCAGUUCCUACAACAACAUGGCCUUUGUCUACGACAACCAGGGCCAGUACGAGCAGGCGCUCGAGUACUACGGCAAGGCGUUGCAGAUUUUUUUGGCAACGCUGGGGGAGGCACACCCGCAUACACGCCAAGUUCAAGCAGCUGUUCGCCGGUUAGAGGCAGCCCGAUAA